GCAAGUCAAAAACCGCUGUCUACUGUAACCUAGACACGUUCGCCAAAUACAUCUCUGGCUCAUCGUGAACUCAAGAAGUAGACCUAAGAGUCGUCAUUAUUCGGAGGAUGUUACAAGCUUCGUCAUGAAACUACUCACAAUUUGCACUGUUUUCAUCCACUACGUGUAUUCGUCUACUGUCGAUGACUACUACGACAAAGAUUUUUGUAUUGGUAAAUCAUCUGGUUUGCACGCAGAUCCCGAAGACUGCAGGGCUUAUUAUGACUGUUUCCGCGGUAAAACACGACAUCGCACAGGGCUGUCAACCGGACUUAUGUUUCAUCCACAAAGCAGAACCUUUGUUCAUUCGUGGGAAAUGGAUUGUCCAGUCACAAAAGUCUACCGCGAAAUCUGGAGAAAAGUACCAGGUUCAUCGGUCGCUGACUUGAAGAGAAGCAAUUUUUACCCAUGUGCACCUUCCAAGACGGAAUUCAACGACACAUUCUGUCUUUACAAACUUGACCAGGAUGAUGGUUAUGGUCAGAGGUUGAGAUCUUUCUUCAGAGCCCCAGAGACAGGCCAUUUUAUCUUUCAAACUUCAUGUGAUAAUUCCUGCCAACUGUGGAUAAGCAGCAACGAAUUACCAGCUGGAAAGCAGCUCAUCAUUGACCAGCGUGUGCCAAGCAAAUAUCGUAAUUGGGAUGGAUCUGCUGAACAAUUAUCAAGAAAGAUAUCCCUUGAAAAAGGCAAGCUAUACUACAUGGAAGUACUCCACAAGGAAGAUAAAUUGUCUGAUUUCAUUUGCGUCGGGGUAAAAUUUCCUACUUUAAAGAAAGAACAGCCUAUCUCAUCAAGGCAUCUUGUCAUGAAUACAACAGUACUGCAGCUUAUCGGUUGCAAAGGGAGCAUUCAACAACAAAACGUUAAGUGUCAGAAAGAGACUUCUUGUGAAAGCCCCAAUCAACAGCUCGAGAAAUUCAAGCAAUCAAUGGAUACGUCGAUCCAAAGCUUGAAAUCAAUACCAGCAGACGAAUCACCCUCGUCACUAAAACGAAUUGUACAAGUCACGAAGGAUUGCACUGAAAUUAUAAACGGAGUACUGGAGGACUCAAAGAAAGAACAAUGGCGUCGAUCCAACCUGUCGUUAGCUAUGGAAAUUGCUGAAGUCACAGAGACAUUUGGCAAAGAACUGGCUCAAAAAUGGUCAAACGAGACAUCUACUGUGGUCUCAUCGGAUGCUAACAUUGCUCUCCAGGCAUCAGUGUUGUCGUCCAACAGCUACAAAUUCUCAGUGCCUGAGUUUAACAACAACUGGAAAGGGAUCAGAGAUUUCUUGGCUUUAAAAAUAACAAAAGGGAAACCAAAAAACAAAACAAAGGUUUUUAGCGUCAUUUACAAGAAUUUGCAUGAGCUGUUGCCAUCAAUUCCCAAGAAAGUUAUAGAGAAUCAAGCCUUUGAAGAGCAGUAUCAUGAGCUGAACAGCCGAAUAAUAGGUAGCCUUAUUCACCCACCAAUCAAUAGUCAGCAUUUAGAGGUCCGUGUCACAUUCCAACACUUAAAGCACAAAUCGAAUGCUUCUCUUGCGCCAGUUUGCGUGUGGUGGGACCUCACCGCUGGGGGUGUAAACGGAAGUGGUUUCUGGUCGACUAAAGGAUGUCAAAUAGACGAAGCUGCUUCGAAUACGACUCACUCCACAUGUAAAUGUAACCAUCUCACAAAUUUUGCAGUGUUGAUGCAGGUUAAGUCGGAUUCUGACCUGGAGGUGGACAAGUCCCAUAUUGUAGCAUUACAGAUCAUUACUUACGUGGGUUGUGGACUUUCCCUGAUGGGAGUGACUCUCACCGUCUUCGUAAUCGCUGCUUUGUCGGGUCUGCGCUCAGAGAGAAAUCUAAUUCAUUUAAACCUGUCGCUGUCUAUUGGAAUCUUUCAAAUAAUUUUCCUGGCAGGAAUUGAGGCAACUAACAAUGAGAUCGCUUGCACUGUGGUAGCUGUGUUACUUCACUAUUUCUUGUUGGUGUCAUUUGCGUGGAUGUUAGUGGAAGGGAUAUACCUUUACCUAAUGGUCAUAACUGUCUUUGAAAACAGCAAAGAACAACUGCGAAUUUUUGGAGCAAGCUCAUAUGGUUUUCCAGGAAUAAUUGUCCUUAUAACAACAAGUGUGGCGCAUGAUGGUUACGGCACAGAUUCAAGCUGUUGGCUGUCUACGGCGAAAGGUGUUAUAUACGCCUUUGUGGGACCAGCUCUGGCAAUAAUCUUGGUGAACGCCGUAAUCCUUAUCAUGGUUAUUAGAGAGAUCAUCAAAAUACAAACAAACGGAAUCUCUCGGUCGACAAAGUUUGAUCUUAUCAAAUCCGGUUUCAAGUCAUCAGUCGUUCUUCUUCCUUUACUGGGUGUUACGUGGUUGUUUGGUAUUUUGGCGUUGGACAGGAACACGAUAGUGUUUCAAUAUCUAUUCGCUCUUUGCAAUUCAUUGCAAGGUUUCUUAAUUUUUGUGUUUCACUGUCUCCUUAAUUCAGAGAUUCGAAAGGUUAUGCAACGGAAAAAAGAAAUAUGGUCCAGUCGUCGAACAACCUUCUUUCCUUCAACGACCACGCCGUCUCCUGCUGUUGCAGCUUCAACGUCUCACGGAGCCAUGCUGUCGGAUGUGAAUAUGAUGUCUGUUUCCGAUGAUGCAAACAACGGUAACCUCGCCACCGGCAGUGGUCGUGUUAAAUCCAACCUUGCACUUGAAGAAAAUGGCAGUAAAGCUUCUCAAAACGUGAAUGACCAAGCACCUGUUACAUCGAGUUGUGCAAGUAAAACCCUUUCGGUGGAAAGCUCAUCGCCCGCUUGGCUUUCCAAGAAACACGAUCCAGGGCCUAAAAGAAUAAAACUUCCUCCAGUUACGGUUCCAGAAACUGCCAAACGAAAUCACAAAAGAAUCAAAGACAAGAACUUUAAACAGAAGAGUAAGGGAAAACUUAACUCAGCUAUAGAACCCUUACAAGAAGAGACUUGAAGGAGUUCAUCAAACUCUAUUGUCAUGUCAUCAAAAUAGUUAUCCGUAACCAGCUGUGGAGCUGAGCUUACCCUCGAAGGCAACUUUCGGCCGGGAAUUAACUACGCACAAAACCUCCGUUGUGUGUUACGUCACACAGUCCUGAACCAAAUCCUUUAGCUUAGACCAAUAUAUAUAUAUGCACGCGCUUUCUUUUGGAUUAAGACCACAGAAAUGACAUCAUCACCCAUAUGUAAUUUUCAUUCUUCUAUUUUCACCAGUCGAAAUUGACUUCAAAAGUACACGAAUUUCAGCAGCUGACUGUCUGUUGUAGUGUAAAUAAAUGAUAACAUUCUCGUUAGACCGGAAAAAUAAACCGCUUUGUUCCCUGUUG